CAACAAUUGAACAACAAAGUACUGUAGGUACUGUAACAAUGAUAAGUUGAUUCAUUCCCAACUUCUUUAGCAAAGUGUUGGGGUCAGAGAGACUCCCUUAAAGCUUCUCAUUCUUCCCCCGCUAAACACACACAUUUUCUGUAAACAUGCAAGUCACUACUCACAUCUGUAACCCCAAGCCAGCCUACGGACUACAAGUCACCGCUGUUCGUUUCGUCCCCCAGAACCCCAAACCAGAUGGAGCCAUCCUCAUCCUCGCUCAUGCCUAUGGGUCCCACAAGGAGACUUGGAAGCCUUUGAUCGAGCAUCUCUUCCAGCUAGCCGGUUCUAACGGGGCUCCAGUCAACAUCGCUGAAGCUUGGUCUAUUGAGUGUCCCAACCACGGUGAGAGUGCCGUCAUUAACGCGUCCGACAUCGACAAGACCUGGGGCGAUUCCUGGGAUGGAUGGGAAUAUCCUAAAGCUAUGCUUGCCUUCAUUAACUCGAGACCGGCCGGUAUCAACUUCUAUGAAAGAGAGCUCAUCGCUGUUGGCCAUAGCCAUGGAGGUAAUUCGCUCGUCCUGCUUCACGAGUUGCAACCCAGACUUCAAUUCUCAUCGUUCAUCCUCAUGGACCCCACUCUCGGGCGAGAGUCUCCUGCGAAGGAUCGCAUGCAACGUAUUCUCACUCAUCUGACCUGGUGCAAGAAUGACACAUGGAUGAAUCGCAAACUUGCCCUCAAGGAACUGUCUACUCAGCCCGGUUUCCGUAAUUGGCAUCCUGAAGUCUUGAAGCUUUACGUCGCUCAUGGUCUUACCGAGCACCCAGCUAAAAAGUAUCCCGAUCCUUGGACGUUCAAGGGGGUUACGCUCGCUUGCAACAAGCGCUAUGAGACGGCUUGUUACCGGGCCGAUUCUCAUCACCCCCGUGCAUGGAACGUUCUUCACGAACUCUAUCGUUGUGGCCCGCCUGUCCAUCUGAUCCAUAGUCUCCAAGAUGAGUUUGAUGGCUCGGUUCUCAAGGAAGAACAGGCUGCCGGCGAUCCCGAAAGCUCUGCAAAGCCCGUCAGUAUUCAAAAAAUCAGCAAAGGGGGCCAUAUGUUUGUUCAAACUAUGCCAAUCGAGACCGCCCGUGCGAUCUGGGGUGCUAUCUGUUAUUAUGACAUUCAAGAUCAGCAGCAGAAGCAAGUCGAGCCUGUGGUUAUGGCUAAGCUAUGAAUGAUGAGAAAUUCAGAGGUGAAUGUAGAUCUGUUAUCUGUGAUUUAUGGAUUUCCGGAGUCGGUAAUUGUGGAAUUCUUCAAUUCAUCCCAUACAUAGUCAGGGCCAUAGUGACUCUAUAUUUAUCACUUCAAAGCCCUGCGAGCGGUUAAUAUUGACGAUCAUUUUGGAAUUGAAUAGCCC